AGGAAGGUCCUCCACUACUAGAGAUUAUCCAGAUCCUAGGUAGGGAGGAGACCUUAAACAGGUUCAAACAGUACAAAUAAUUUCAGAGAAAAUGUUUGGUGUUAAUUUUGGGUUCCCUGAUAUACCUCGUCCUUUUAAUACACAGUACCGAUGCUUCUCUGUAUCUAUGCUACCUGGAAAUGAAAGAUCUGAUGUAGAAGCUGGAGGAAAGAUAAUAAUGCCUCCAUCAGCUCUAGAUCAGCUGACUAGACUGAAUAUUGUGUAUCCUAUGCUAUUUAAACUAACAAACAAACAGAAGAAUAGAAACACACACUGUGGCGUUCUUGAGUUUGUAGCAGACGAGGGUAAAAUAUAUAUUCCCUACUGGAUGAUGCAGAACCUAAUGCUAGAGGAGGGAGGGCUCAUACAGGUUGAGUCUGCAAACCUUCCUGUAGCUACGUAUAGUAAGUUCCAGCCUCUUAACAAAGAUUUCCUGGAUUUAACCAACCCAAAGGCUGUCCUCGAGAUGAGACUCAGACACUUUGCCUGCCUCUCUAAGGGUGAUAUCAUAGCAAUCAACUAUAACAAAAAAAUUUACGAGUUGAAUGUUCUUGAAACUAAACCUGCUCCUGCUGUCUCUAUUAUAGAGUGUGAUAUGAACGUGGAGUUCGAGGCUCCACCAGGAUACGAGGAGCCUACAGUAUCUAAACCUCAACCUAUGGAAGAAGAAGAAGAUCCUGAACUAGAUAUUUCACAGAUGCUUCCUGAACCCUCAGGGUUUAUGGCCUUCGCUGGCAGUGGAAACAGAUUGGAUGGAAAGAAGAAGAGGACGAGUAGUGAGAACGAGAUACAGAACCAGCUUCUAGCAGAGUAUACCAGGGGAAUACCGGACUAUAAUUACGAGGCCGGAAGUAUAAAGUUUAUCCGAGCAAGAAAACGGAAGGAGGAAAAGGAGAAUAUCGUCGACGAUUUCGAGGCGUUUCAAGGACAGGGAAAGUCGCUAAGACAAGCCAAGAAGAAAUAGAACACUGAAACCUCAUCACCAUUCUAUAUUAACAUUCGAAUAAACUACAAAAUUGUGUUAAUAACUAUAUUCCAGUCAAAUAAAAAUUUCCUAAGAUUUAACCAAAAUUUAUCGAAUAAGAUUUUUCAGA